UGUCUUCUUUCCCCUCAGUGGAUUAACACAUGAGUCUCACAAGAAAGAUGUUGAACAGGUCUACCUCCGCUGUUCUGAAGGAUCCAUAGAAUGGAUGUAUCCGACAGGAGCGCUGAUAGUCAAUCUGCGGCCCAAUAUUGUAUCUUCCUCUUCCAAACAUUGGACUGUUUGCAUAAAGCCUUUCAAGGACUCCGCAGGAGCAAAUAUUUAUUUGGAAAAAACUGGAGAACUCAAACUGUUGGUCCGAGAUGGAGACCAUAGCCCCACCAGAAUGCAUUGCUUCAGCUUUGAUCAGGGUGGACUCUUUGUCGAAGCUACCCCUCAACUGGAUAUUAGUCGGAAAAUUACAGGCUUCCAGUAUGAACUCAUAAACAAGGGGACGGCAUCUGAUUUGCACACGAUUUCUGCUCCUUGCCGACCUUGCAGUGACACGGAAGUGCUCUUGGCCGUCUGCACUAGUGACUUUGUUGUCAGAGGUACCAUCCAAAAUGUCAUCAGUGAGGAGGAACAGAAAGAUUCCAACAUCGAUGUGAACGUGGAGAGAAUUUACAGGCAGAAGACAAAGAUCUUUAAGCCUACAGCAGACAGUGGCAGGUGGCAAGGACAGAUCAAGACUUUGCUGCAAUGUGGGGUGAGACCAGGGGAAGGAGAGUUCCUCUUCACAGGCCGCAUGCACUUUGGGGAACCCCGACUAGGCUGCGCCCCUCGUUUCAGAGACUUCCAAAGGAUGUAUAAAGAGGCCAGGGACAAAGGUCUAAAUCCAUGUGAAAUUGGUCCAGACUGAAAUGGCAUUCGUCAACAUAGGUUAUUUUUGGGGUUCAGACAGAACUAACUCUUAGUUGCUGCAGAUGCUUCAACCUAAAUGGAACUAAUAACUUAUAAGAGUGGAAGAGCUUGAUGGUGGAACAUUCUCCUUUUGGAUGUCUGUCAGAGGAGAUUGGACAAGCAUCUGUCAGGAAGGGUUUAAGUCUAGGGACUCCUGCUGCUCCAUGAGGCUGGACUCAGUGACCCUGGAGGUAAUAUAAUUCUGUGAUCUUAUGAAUGCAAGAACCACAACAAGCCAGUCCUUGGGCACACUAAUUAAAGCAACAGAGGUACGAGUUAAAGGAUCCAAGGCUGCAAUGCGAUUCCACAUCUUGUCCAUUUGAACUAAAUUAUUUUUGUAACCUGAGACUGGGGGUGGGGAGGGAAUCCCAAUAAGAAAAAUGAUAAAGAAAUGCAUCACAAUCUCCAUGUCUUAAAAAUAUAAAUCAACAGAUGAACCUUUGUAUCUUUGUAAUACUAAUGUUUUAAACAUGUGUUAAACAGAUGUAGCAUUUUGCAUGAUAUAAAUGGACAACAGCAUGGUAGAGGCUGAUGAAACCAUCCAAUGUUUUGUAAAAAGCUUGGUGUAAAUUUUUUUUUGAAGUUGUUUCUUAUGACAAAUUUAUGGAACCAAACACUUGCUUUCCUUAAAAAAUAGAAUGUACAAUUGCUGCCUGAUUUUUUUCCCCUCAGGCUGUUGAAUUGUUUCCAUUCCAGAAAAAUAAAAAAAAGUUCCUGGAUUUGACCCCA